AUGGCCGAGCAUCACACUUAUGGCCAACACCAGUACCCACACCAGUACCAGCAACAGCAGCACCAGCAGCAACAGCCCGUGGCCCACCAGGUGGUGAAGGCUAUGACCGCCGUCACCGCGGGUGGGUCGCUGCUUGUCCUGUCGGGGCUGACCCUGGCGGGCACGGUGAUUGCCCUCACCAUCGCCACGCCGCUGCUGGUGAUAUUCAGCCCGGUGCUCGUUCCGGCGGUGAUCACGGUGGGGUUGUUGAUCAUGGGGUUCCUGGCGUCGGGAGGGUUUGGGGUGGCAGCGGUGACGGUGCUGUCGUGGAUAUACAGGUACGUGACGGGGAAGCACCCGCCGGGGGCAGACCAGCUAGACCAGGCGCGGAUGAAGCUGGCGAGCAAGGCGCGCGAGAUGAAGGACAGGGCCGAGCAGUUCGGGCAGCAGCAUCUCACUAGCCAAUCGUAG